AAUUAAGGUUGGUGCGGUACAAAUUGGUAAUAAGAUCUAGAAAUUUUUAUUUUAUUUUAUUUUUUUCAAUACCCUUCGGCGCGAUUGAAAUUUUGUUCGACUUCUCAUGUGAGCUUUUCUCCUCCGGGUCCGCAGUCGUUCUGAUCCUCAAUUCCUCGUCAUUUUCUUAGAAUAGUCCGUCAAGUCUUCUUAAUCCGGGACAUCUAGACUGCCAUAUAUCUAUUCAUUUACCCUUGGAAUUCCGGUAUUAGCAUUACACUUGUAAUUCAUAAUGGCGCCGAUGGUCACUGGCAAGGAGCGCGAGUCGAAUCUCGCUCGACUCCUUGGUUCCGGCUCUGCCGGUAUAUCAGAAUUGGCUGUCUUCCAUCCUGUCGACACCAUUGCCAAGCGAUUAAUGAGCAACCAGACGAAGAUCAAGAAUACGAGCCAACUGAAUAAGGUCAUCUUCAAGGACAAAGCAGACGCGGCAUUCGGUCGAAAAUUCUUCUCGCUCUUCCCGGGAUUAGGCUAUGCAGCGGGUUACAAGAUUUUGCAAAGGAUAUACAAGUAUGGCGGCCAACCUAUCGCAAGGGAUUAUCUUGCGGCGCACUACGGCAAGGACUUCGAGGGCGCUUUUGGAAAGAAAACCGGCAAGGCAAUCAUGCACUCGACUGCUGGCAGCCUGAUCGGCAUUGGCGAGAUCGUCUUACUUCCAUUAGACGUAUUAAAGAUCAAACGCCAGACCAACCCAGAAGCGUUCCGAGGACGAGGCGUUUUCAAGAUUAUCUCGGAUGAGGGCUUUGGAUUAUAUAGAGGCUGGGGGUGGACUGCAGCCCGAAAUGCUCCUGGAUCAUUUGCACUCUUCGGUGGCUCGGCUUUCACCAAGGAAUACGUCUUCGCACUAAACGACUAUAACAAGGCGUCUUGGUUCCAGAACUUUAUCGCUUCAAUUGCCGGUGCUUCGGCAUCCUUGGUUGUCUCCGCUCCCUUGGACGUUAUCAAAACCCGUAUUCAGAACAGGAAUUUCGAGAACCCCGAAAGCGGCUUCCGUAUCUUGUCCAACAUGGCAAAGAACGAAGGUUUCUCUAGUUUCUUCAAGGGUUUGGUACCUAAGCUUCUUAUGACCGGACCGAAGCUGGUCUUUUCCUUCUGGCUCGCCCAGACACUGAUCCCAACAUUCGACACAAUGUUAAAAUAGAACAUUUUACUUGUAUCAUAGAUUUGGACGCCAGCGUUCCACUGUAUGUAUAUACGAUCGAGCCGGCGUUUUAACGGUUGCGGAUGACAACGCGAUAAUGGAGGCGGGUUCUAUCGGUUUGGAUUUAUUAACCUAGAUGAUUAUAAAAGACUUCGGCAGGGUAGACAGGAACUAAAAAUAAAUACUCGACUCUUAGCAAUAUUUUAUAUUACAUGUAGGAUUCCGUGGAUGAAUAGGUAGGUGUACUCAUCAUAGUGCCCACAUAUGUCA